AUAAAGAUGUUCCUAUAAAGGAUUCAGUUUGCUAUUGCCAUACAAGCCACACUAGCUGGUAAAUGUGGCCAAAUGUGGUCAACAAAAUCCAUUUUUUAAGAGCACAGAAGCCAAGCACUGGCUAAGAGUCAGUGUCCUUCCUUUCUAAGACUUUUAUUUUUCUACUCUUUAUUUUGGGGAAUGAGUGAAGAGAGGGUUGUAAGUUGUGCAGAUGCUAUAGAAGAAGAUGCAAAUGCUGCUGGAGAAGAGCACACUUCUAGGUGUUUCCAAGCCUCAGCCUUGUGUUGCUGCAUCCCUAGAAGGUAUGAAUGGUUGUUUUUUUCCACACAGCGGCUGAUUUGUUGGAAGACAAAGUUUAGAGAUGGCAUUUCCCAGAUAACAGAACCAAGAAAUGUUUAGAGAGCCAUGAAUUCAGGAGUGUCAGCUUGGCCCCGCAACCAUGGGUGUCUGGGGCUGUGGGUGCCAUGCAGUGUGAAUGGUCCUUGCCCCGAAAUCUGUGGGUGCCCAGCCCCCUCAUGGGGAAUUUUGUGGGUGCUCGGGCACCCUGGGCCCCAGGGAAUAAGCACCUAUGCAUGAAUGUAACAGUCUAUAACAGAGCUUUCCAAACUUCCCAUGUUGGUGACAUGCAUCAUUUCGCGACACACUAAUUCAGUUUUACUAGCAAACCAGAGGUUAAACUAACCCCUUUCCAGUCCCAGAAGGAGUGCGGGGAGUGUUCACACAAUAGACCUACACACUGCAGCCAACAUCUUAACGUGUUCUGACACCCAGUUUGGAAAGCUCUGGUCUUUGUUAAGCACUUACAAAUUCUUACAAAUUUAUAAUUAGGCACACUGGUUGAGGUCACUGCUAGGCUGUUAUGAUAUUAGGAUACAGGGCUGAGAAGAGAUCCUCAUUUCAGUCCCUAUUCAUAUCUUGUAUGUUGACAGGCGGUUGUACUUACCAGGGAGGAGACCCAAGGACAGAAAAAAGAAAAACGAGAAAAAGAAUUAUCCUGAAGAUCUAUCCUGUGAUGUCACCAUGUUUGAGCAAAGACAGCAGAACAUGGGCCAAGACUAUUGGAAGAUGACACCUGCAGGUGACGUGGGUGUACAAAAAGAGGCUAUCAAGCCAGCUUUGGCAGUAUGUACCCAGCCCUAUGACAGAAAAAUUCAAGAUCCCCAUAUACCUAUGCCUUUAAGUGAUAUAUUUUUGGAAGAAAAGCAAGGAGAAUGUGAUGAAAAAACAAGUGCAAAUACUUUCCAAACGCCACAACAAAAGGAGGGAUCAGAUAAUAUGAGUGUAUUAUCUUUGGAAAAGGUAAAGAAAAAGGUAGUGGGUGCAAAAUUAGAGGGUGAUCCCUCUGAAGAAGGGAAGGAGUAUCUAAUUAUGGCAGCUGAAGAAAGCAGACAACAUAGAAAAUCUGAAUUGCUGAGUGCAGUGCUCCAAGAAGUAACCGAUGAAAAGGAACAACAAAAAGGAAGAGGUCAUACAGGGAUUAUAUUGGAAGGUUUGCCCUGUAAGAAGGACCAGAAGCGGAGUCACCAAGAUGUGCCAUUUCAGGAGCUGCAGCAGGCUAGAGAACUAGAACCAAACAGUACAUCGACUGCCAGUGAAAACAAAGAUCAAGAGGAACAAAACACAAGUAUUGAUUCCAAGGGCGCAACUUCUUUGCAGGAACUGUUCGACCAACCAGCUGUACCAUGCAAUGAGGAACAGCAGGUUGGGAGGCAACAACAACAUGGUAUGGGUAUCACCCAUAACAUGGAGAAACCAGUGUUCUGGAGUCAAAUAAAUCCUGUAUCUAAAGGAGAUGUUCACAAGGAGGAGCAGGCUUACAAAGAUAACACAAACCAGGAGGUACAGCAGCCUGUGGAACAAAAAUACCCAGAUAUUUUGUCUACCAUGUGUGGAAAUGAUGAACAAGAACAGCCAGAAGUACAACAGCUUUUAGAUUUUGUAAGAGAAACCUCCUCCAAUGAGAUAAACUUGUUUGACCAAGAAGACCAACUGCCUAUUUUACCCAAAGCUAUGAGCUUUCCAUUGGAGGACACAACCUGUGAGAAGGUACAGGAAGACACACAAGCUUUCAGAAGCUCAACAUUAGAGAGCUUUCUCAGCAUGUCAGAAGAUCAUCAGUAUGUUCCCCACCAGAAGGAUCUACAAGCUGUUGCAAAAGAAAACAUAACUACAUUGCCCCUGGGUGUAGCUUGCACAAUGGAUCUGCAACAACUAGCAUAUAUAAACAGUUUGCCUCAGGAUGUUGUUACUCAUGUUGCAAAGCAAAAACACUCAGAUGCACAGCAGCUUCUUUUACUGGAACAAAUUAGCACACACCAUGAUGAAAAGGAAAUGCAAGAAGGUCUAGAUUAUGCACAUUCCGGAUGUAAGGGCACUGCCUAUACUGAAGAACAGGAGAAGCAAAAGCUCAGUGCAUCAGAACAUACAACUACACUUCCUGACAACCUAAGCUAUGAGAAAGAACAGCAAAGAAAAUUGGACUGUGGAGAUUCUGGGUCUGAGGGCACCUAUGACAAGGAGGACCAGGACCAUCAGGGUACUCUUUACUUAGAAGUGCAACGGCCUCUAGGACUUGCAAAGCUGAGCUCUUUGCCUCUGAGUGGAACCUCUGAAGAACUGUGUGUAAGAAAGGACAACCUAUACACUGGCAUUCUUGAAAUACCCUCCCUGAAUGAAGAGCAAGAAGCUGAGGAUGAUGAGAGCAAGGUGCAUAUGCUUGCUUCCUCCAAAGACAAUGCAAUAGCGCAGGAACAAGAAGCACAACCACUUCCUAUGCUCCCACAGGCAGGAUGCAACACAGAAGGGGAGCAACUGGAGACAUGGCAUAUCCAGAAGACAACAUCCAUACCGUAUGAGGAGCAGCAGGAAAGGGAACAACUGAACCUGGGCAUGACCUGUGAGGAGCAUCAGAAGAAGGGAAAAUGGGGUCUGUCAAGCACCACAUUCCCUUCUACUACUAAGGAGGAUGAGGGGCAUAUAUAAGGUGAUCAUUUCCUUCAUUUGAGGCAAAAUCCUCAAAAUUACUACUUUUGCUGUCUCAGAAACUACCUCCACUGAAAUAUGAAAGCUCAAGAGAUAUUACUUCUUUUUAAGUUUUGCACAAAGGUACAGUUUAUAUGUAGAUUAAGUC